GCCAGGUGAGGGUCCGGAGAAGCAGGGGCGCGCCGCGCUGGCUGGUGGAGCAGCCGUCGCUGGGGAUGUUGCUGCCCUGGGCGUCUCUGGGCUGAUGCAGCAGUGUGCCUGCCUAACUCAGGUAUGUGUGGACGCUGUACCGUGAUGUCAUGUGUGUUGUGUGUGUUUAUGUGGACCUUGACGUCUCAGAUGUGUGGGGCGGUGUGUCUUGGAGGCAGUGAACUGCCAUGUCUCAAGUACUUGUAUGUGAGAGGGUAUGUGGCAGUAAGCCUGGGUGUUCUAUGGCAGCAUGCUGGAACGUCUCAGAUUUGAGAGGACAUGUAUCUGGGUGUCUCAGGCAUCUUUUGCAGCAUAUCUGUAGGUCUGAGUGUGUGUGUGUGUGUGUGUGUGUGUGUAGCAGUGUUUCUGGGUGUGGGAGGCAAUGUAUCUUCGUGUGUGUGUUUGUGUGUGUGUACCUGCCUGUCUGAGAUAGGGUGUGGUUAGCGUAUCUCGGCAUCUCUGGUGUGUAUGUGGUAGGUCAAAAUGUCUCGUGUACAUAAGGUGUCUCAGAUAUAUGUAAGUGCAUGUGUGCAAUGGUGUACCUCAGGUCUAAAAGGGCAGUGGAUCUGGGUGUCCUAGGGGUACAGAGGCAGUGUGCCAUAAUAUCUCAAGAGUGAGCAGGGCAACACACCUGAAGUCUGCACAGUGCUAAAAUCUUAGGUGUGAGGGGCCAGGCCCGUGGCACGGUGGUUGAGUUCGCACUCUCAGCUUCGGUGGCCCGGGGAUCGCAGGUUCGGAUCCCAGGUACGGACCUACGCACCGCUUAUCAAGCCAUGCUAUGGCAGGCGUCCCACACAUAAAGUGGAGGAAGAUGGGCACGGAUGUGAGCCCAGGGCCGAUCUUCCUCAGCAAAAAGAGGAGGAUUGGCAACAGAUGUUAGCUCAGGGCUAAUCUUCCUCGCUAAAUAAAUAAGUAAAUAGAUAAAUAACCAAAUAAAAAAAUAAAAUAAAAUAAAAUCUCAGGUGUGAGGAGGGCAGGUUUGUCAGUGGUGAGGGGGUAGAGUACCUAAGUCUCGAGUAUGGGGAGCAUUCUUCCCAGGGUCUGUGUGUGUGAGAGGCAGGAUUCCUGGCUGUCUCUGAUGUGUCCCUCCCUCUGUACCUGAGUGUUUCUGACGGGUUGAGGGUGGAGGUGGCGACCACAUCUCUGGUGUCUGAGUGUCUCAGGUGCCUACCCUGGGCCAUGUGUCUGGAGGAGAGUGUGUCAUCCUUAGGAGUUCCUUCUCUAGACAUGCUCCCUGAGGUGGGCUCCGUGUGGCUGCUGCGACUGCUCCGGGACAUCCAGCUGGCCCAGUUUUACCGACCCAUCCUUGAGGAGCUUAAUGUUACUCGGCCAGAACACUUUGACUUUGUGAGACCUGAGGACCUGGAUGGCAUUGGCAUGGGCCGGCCUGCUCAGCGCAGACUGGCUGAAGCUCUGAAGAAGCACCGUUCAGGGCUCAAGUCUAAAAACUGGGUCUACAAGAUCCUUGGGGGUUUUGCUCCUGAGCAGAAGGAGACCAUCCCACUCUCAGACAACACUUGGUCCCUCCCUGAGCCAGAGGGAGGGCUCAAGUGUCUGAUCCCAGACGGUGCUGUGUGCAGAGGGGAGCUGCUGGGCUCCGGCUGCUUUGGUGUGGUGCACCGAGGGCUGUGGACACUGCCCAGUGGCCAGAGCAUCCCAGUGGCUGUCAAGUCCCUGCGGGUGGGUCCAGAAGGCCCCAUGGGCACAGAGCUGGGGGACUUCCUUCGAGAGGUGUCCGUCAUGAUGAACUUGGAGCACCCACACGUGCUGCGCCUGCACGGCCUCGUCCUGGGCCAGCCUCUGCAGAUGGUGAUGGAGCUGGCGCCACUGGGCUCCCUGCACGCGCGCCUGACCGCCCCAGCCCCUAUGCCCCUGCUGCCAGUGGCCCUGCUCUGCCUCUUCCUGCGGCAGUUGGCGGGGGCCAUGGCGUACCUGGGGGCCCGCGGGCUGGUGCACCGAGACCUCGCUACGCGCAACCUGCUGCUGGCUUCACCGCGAAUAAUCAAGGUGGCCGACUUCGGGCUGGUGCGGCCGCUGAGUGGUGCCCGCGGCCGCUACGUCAUGGGCGGACCCCGGCCCAUCCCCUAUGCCUGGUGUGCUCCAGAGAGCCUGCGCCAGGGGGCCUUCUCUUCUGCCUCGGAUGUGUGGAUGUUUGGGGUGACGCUGUGGGAGAUGUUCUCUGGGGGUGAGGAGCCCUGGGCCGGGGUCCCGCCAUACCUCAUCCUGCAGAAGCUGGAGAAGGACCGAGCCCGGCUGCCUAGGCCUCCCCUCUGUUCCAGGGCCCUCUAUGCGCUCGCCUUGCGCUGCUGGGCCCUCCACCCUGCUGACCGGCCGAGCUUUUCCCACCUGGAGGGGCUGCUCCAAGAGGCCUGGCCUCCUGAGGGACGUUGUGUGAGGGAUGUCACAGAGCCAGGCGCCCUGAGAAUGGAGCCUGGGGACUCCAUCACUGUCAUCGAGGGCAGCCCCGACUCUGCAACAUGGAAGGGCCAGAAUGGUCGCACAUUCAAAGUGGGCAGCUUCCCAGCCUCAGCAGUGAUGCUGGCAGAUGUGGGGGGCUCGCCAGCCACCCGUCCAGUCCACAGAGGCUCCCCUGCCCGGGGAGAGCGACACCAGGGAAACACAGACGGGGACAGGGCGAAGGCAAAGCUUCGGGAUCCACCUCGAGCCCGGGGCCAGAGAAGGAACGUGCCCCUGCAGGCGACGAAAGGCAUUUCCAAGAGUCUGGAAUCGGUUCUGUCCCUGGGCCCCCGCCCCACUGGGGGUGGUGCAAGCCCCCCUGAACUUCGACAUGCCAGAGCUGUGCCCCAGGGACCUCCAGGCCUGCCACCCCGCCCUCCCUUUGCCUCAAGCUCUUCUUCUCAGCCCAGCCAGUUCCCCAGGGAGCGGCCUCCCUGGCCCAAAAGAGAACCCCCACACAGUCACCCCAUGGGAGCGCCAGGAGCCAGCAAAGCUACUGCCCCCUCUGGAGGCCUCUCGCCUGACUCCGAGUUGCAGAGGAGGAUUAUGGAGAUGGAGCUGAGCGUGCAUGGAGUCACCCACCAGGAGUGCCAGGCAGCACUGAGGGCCACUGGGGGAGAUGUGGUUUCUGCCAUCCGGAACCUCAAGGUGGACCAGCUCUUCCACCUGAGUAGCCGAUCCAGAGCCGACUGCCGGCGCAUCCUCGAGCACUACCAGUGGGACCUCUCAGCUGCCAGUCGCUAUGUCCUGGCCCGGCCCUGAGCUCUACUCCCUUGGGCAUGGACAUCAGCAUGACCCAGGGCCUGGCCACUUGGGACCAAGCAGAACCAGAACAAAGUCCUGUCGGAGCAGACUUUCCCACCAGGGGAGAUCUUGCUGUAGGCAGCACAGGAGGAGUCCAGGGCCAGGCACUGACAAGUGUCUCCUCCUACCCUGCCCCUUGGCCUCUGAGGGCUCAAGCUCCCUCGGCCAGGUCAUAGAAGGAUCUUAUCUACCCUGCCCACCACAUUCCCAACCAAGAGGAAGACUCAGAGGAACAGAGCUGCUACACAUCAUACCCACAGGAAACUUCUACUUGCUACAGAGAGUGAUCCAGUGGCCAUACUGGACCAUGGGAACAGCCAUCCUGAACUGCCGUCAGCUGCCACACUGCACUUUGGGAGCAGCUAUCUUGGAUGAUGGAAGCCUUACUGACUUGGGGCACAUGGCCCAAACUGCCUUGGCUUGGUCCGGGGCCAUCAUGGGUGAUGAAAGUUGCUCUCUUGGACUCAAAGACACUUGAUCCUGGCAGCAUGGAUUAUGAGAUGGGCCAGCCCCCCGGAGCCCAGCUGUCAUAUUUCCCUUUGUGUCUUCCUACACCAAAUCUUUUUUCUACCCUCUCCCAUUACAUACGUUUUCCAGUGUCCAAAAAGUUACAAAGUUUAUAU